CCGAUUGUCAUGUCAGGUUGAUCGACUCCCCAGCUUUGUGUCCUUCAACGGUGAUGAUAAUGUAUCAUACGGUUUUAUGAUUCUGUUUGCUGUUUGCGAGCAAAACGCAGUGUUUUGUGAGCCGUGGGAUUAACGAGGUGUUUGGCGACAUGGCAGCAUAGUCGGCGAAUUCUAGACGCAGCCCGUUGUUCGAAUACAAAAAACUGUCCUUACAUAUCCUGAGUAUGGAUUAUAAAAGUGUCGUGUACAAUGCUGCUAGAGAUGGCAACCUGAAUCGGCUAAAAAUUUACUUGCACUGCAACAAAGGAAAGGAGGAGGUGUCAAUGCUCGUAGCAGCGAAGACUUCUGGUGCAACACCUUUAGUUAUUGCUUGUCGCAAUGGACACUACGAUGUUGCGGAAUACCUUAUCGAGCGAUGCCAUGCCGACAUUGAACAGCCGGGAUCAGUUAUAUUUGAUGGUGAGACGAUCGAUGGAGCGCCGCCACUAUGGUGUGCUGCAGCCGCUGGACACAUGGAAAUAGUUAAAUUAUUGAUCAGUCAUGGAGCUGAGGUGAAUACCAUAACUAGAACGAAUUCGACUCCAUUGAGGGCCGCCUGCUUCGAUGGGCAUCUAGAAAUAGUCAAAUAUUUAGUGCAACACGGUGCAGAUAUUGAGGUAGCGAAUAAGCAUGGGCACACGUGCCUAAUGAUCGCCUGCUAUAAAGGCAAUAUCAAAAUAGUGAGAUACUUGUUAAGUCUGAAGGCCAGUAUUAACCGGAAAAGCGUAAAGGGAAAUACAGCACUACAUGACUGCUCAGAAAGUGGCAGUUUAGAAAUUUUAAAAUUGCUCAUCGAACAUGGAGCUACGAUGGAUGUGGAUUCCUAUGGAAUGACUCCGCUAUUGGCCGCAGCUGUAAUGGGCCACAAUCACAUAGUUGAAUAUCUAAUUAAACUUCCCCAUAUUGUUUCUCGACGAGAACGCAUUGAUGCGUUGGAGCUACUGGGGGCCACCUGCGUGGACAAGAAGCGGGACAUGAUCGGAGCCCUGGAAUUGUGGAAGCGUGCCAUGAAUGACAGAUACACCGGGGAUGGAUUGCCUAUGCCCAAGCCAACAACGCGAAAAGUGGCCGCUUAUGAUUACGUGGUCGAAAUUUCGGACACCCGCGCUUUAGAUGACCUUAUGGCCGAUCCAGACGAAAUGCGAAUGCAAGCUUUGGUCAUGCGGGAGCGAAUUUUAGGUCCAGCCCAUCCGGACACGAGUUACUACAUUAGAUAUCGAGGUGCUGUCUAUGCAGACGCAGGAAAGUUUAAUAGAUGUAUAGAGCUAUGGAAUUAUGCUCUCGAUAUGCAACAAAGCAUGCUGGAGUGUCUCAGUCCGAUGACCCAGAGCAGUUUGUUCAGUUUCACUGAGCUGUUUUCGUUCAUGAUGGGUGAGGAAGGAAAGCACACCAGUCGAGGCCGACUCGUGCCUCCGGUCGACGUGGCUGAGAUUCUUCGCGUAUUUCGAAAGGCCACCAACGAGGUUGAGCUCGGCCAUCAGAUGCUCACUCGAAUGCCCAACCACGAUAAGGAUAUGACCUAUCUAACAAGGGUAACGGUGAUAACUCUUCAUCUGGCUUCGCUCUUGACCAGAAUGGCAACGGAUGCAUCAGUAAGCGAAGCGACUAAAGAUCAAAUAAAUAAAUCAAUUUUCUAUCUCAACAAACUGGGAAUGCGAACCCGACACGGCCGUACUUUGCUUCACUUGGCAUGCUGUAGAGACGUCGCCCUUUUGGUUAGAUAUCGGGUAUGUGGUUUUCCGUCGCAGCAUCUGAUCAAGGUGCUGCUGGAGGUCGGUGCUGAUCCCACAGCACGUGAUGACGAAGGCAACACUCCCCUUCAUCUGGCCGCUUUAACCAAUCCCUGCACAUCCACAGUAGCUAAAUAUUUGCUAGAUGGGGGAGCGCAUCUGGAUGAAAUCAAUAAAAAUGGUGAAACGUUCUCCAGUUUGUUGAAAUGCCAACAGGCCCAUGCACUUGUAGACGUGAUGAAGUAUUCUAGUCUCAAAUGCGCCGCUGCUAAAGUGAUUAAACAGUUCAAAAUUCCUUACCGGCGGAUUGUCCCUCAGGUGUUGGAAGCUUUCCUUGAAGUUCACUGAAUGCUUUAUGGUUUCUGGAUGUUUGUCCAUUGGUACGUUCUGCCAAGUCUAUUAAGAUCGGGCGGAAAAUGAAAAAGCGAAAGAACGCAGCAAAAAGUCCAAAUGAAAAAUUACUUUCAAUUCGGGGUUUCAAGGACCGAUUGACGCUCUCAAAAUGCAAGUUCAACCGAUCUGGUCGAUAAAAGUUGUAUAUAUUUAACCAAUUUUAAGUCCCCAUUAAAAUGCUGCUUGCUGGUACUAACCAGCUGUAAGUUAGCCGGAAUUUGUUAAUUUACUUUCACCACAUUGUGGUCAGUUAGGGUUAACUGCUUGCUAUUUGCCAAUAAAAUUGGUUUGAUUGAGUGCUAAACUAAUACAUUAUUAGUUUAAUUAUUAUUUGCUUAUCAGCAUUUUAACGAACGAAAAUGUGAUAAAAUAUUUGUAAGAAAAAUUGAUAACUACAUAUUUUGUGUCCUUUACAUUGUGUCUAUGAAGUUUGUCUAUUAAAUCUAACUACCCGAAACACGUACAAAUAUGAAAUACUUGUUUAUAUAGGUGUUGCAAUGGGGAGUUCCCCCCAUUUUAGUCUAGACAUGAGGUCUCAGCUAGUUAAUUACACUUUAAACAAUGUUAGUCAUAUUUAGGAAUAAUCUUAGUAAAUUAUUAACACUGAAUCGUACUGAAUAUUCUAAGUUUUCUUUAAUGCAAAGGCUUAAGCAAGUUUGAAUGGCAUUGGGAAAUUUACAAAAAAAAUAGUCCCAAAGUCAGAUCUCACAUUUGUCCAAUUUCAAUUUAUUUCCUGUAAAUAUCGCCGAUAUUGCAUUAUAAAAAAAUACCUUUGCACCUUUAGUUACUAUUGAUAACGGAGUGUGAUUUUUGAGUGUUAUCCAUUACUGAAUAGCUCUACAUUUUGUUAUAUGAUUAAAAUAAAAGUAAAUACAGUAA